AAUCGUCAGUCGCAAUCUGCGAUCCCAACAGAACAGACGCGGACGCGAGCGCGGAUCUCCGAAAGAUCAGAAACGUUGUGCCCGGAAUGCAAAACAAUUAAAGCUAGAAGCGAGAGCCGGGGCGGAUCAGCCUCAUCGGCUUCAGUGCAUCAGUGCAUCUGUAUCUGGAAGGGAGUUAAUUAGCCGGAGAAAAGAAACCAACCAGUCCAAGCCAUCCAAGGCAAACGAACUGCGGGCCCUUCGUGUGUUGUUUCGUUUCGAUUUUUGGUUUUUGCCCCGUCACUGAGUUUUCUUAACUAUUAAUUGACCCGACGGUCAAUGAGUAUAUAGACUAUAGUUCGUGACGAAAGAUGUCUGAGAACCGCGACGAUGUCAGGAACGAGGAGGACGACGAGUCCACGCCGGAGACCAAGAAGAAGGAUAAGUCCAAAAAGAAGUCCGAGCCCAUAGUCAACUAUACGCAACUGUUCCGGUACAUGUCCGGAUGGGACUAUGUCCUGCUCGUGUCAGCUUUUGUGGGAGCCUUCCUCCAGUCCCUGGUCUACCCCAUUGCCAUUGUGGUGUACAGUGAGCUGGUGGCCAUGUUCAUCGACAGAACCCUGGGCCAUGGCACCAGCUCGGACACCAUUGGAUUGCCCCUCUUCGGAGGUGGCAAAAUACUCACAAAUGCCACCCACGAAGAGAACAUGGAGGAGCUGCGAAAGGACAGCGUGUCCUUUGGCAUACUUAUGACCCUGAACACCCUGCUUAUGCUUUUCUCCGGAAUGUAUUACGUGGAUGCCUUCAACCGAUUGGCCCUUAGGAUCACUGUCCGCAUUCGCAGGGAGUUUUUCAAGGCCACUUUGAGGCAAGAAGUCGGGUGGCAUGACAUGGCCAAAGAUCAAAACUUUGCCGUCCGCAUAACAGACAAUAUGGAGAAAAUUCGCAGUGGCAUAGCCGAAAACCUGGGACACUAUGUCGACAUUAUGUGUGAGGUUGUGAUAAGCGUGGCUCUAUCCUUCAUAUACGGAUGGAAAUUGGCGUUGGCGAUUGUUUUCUAUAUACCUCUAACCCUUUUUGUGAACUCAGCCGUGGCCCAUUACCAAGGAAAGCUCACGGCCAAGGAACAGAGCUCGUACGUCCGGGCGAGUUCAGUGGUGGAGGAGGUGAUCGGAGCCAUUCGCACCGUGGUGGCCUUUGGUGGAGAAAGAUCGGAGUCGGAGCGAUACGACACCCUGCUAAAGCCCGCCCUCAAGGCCGGAAAGUGGAAAGGAGUCUUUUCCGGCCUAAGUGACACCGUGAUGAAGGCCAUGCUGUUUAUCACGGGAGCUGGAGCGUUCUGGUACGGAGCCAACUUGAUCCUCUACUACCGAGAUCCGGCGAUUCCAAUCGAGGAGCGGGAGUACACCCCGGCUGUUGUGAUGAUUGUGAUAUCGGGCAUCAUCGUGAGUGCGAAUCAAAUAUCGCGGACAUCGCCUUUCCUGGAAACUUUUGCCAUGGCCCGGGGAUCGGCGACGGCUAUCUUCGAGGUGAUCGAUCGAGUGUCCCUCAUCGAUCCCCUAUCGAAGGCGGGUAAAAUCCUAAACUACGGCCUAAAGGGCAGGAUUGAGUUCCGAGACGUUUUCUUCCGCUAUCCUGCCAGGGAGGACGUGAUAGUCCUGCGAGGCCUCAACGUAGUAGUGGAAGAAGGGCAAACGGUCGCCCUGGUAGGCCCUUCUGGCUGCGGCAAGUCUACGUGCAUUCAGCUGCUCCAGCGUUUCUAUGAUCCUGUGUUCGGACAAGUCCUUUUGGAUGGCGAGGAUGUCAGGAAAUAUAACCUUAAAUGGCUGAGAUCCAAUAUUGCGGUUGUGGGACAGGAACCUGUGCUCUUUCAGGGCACAAUUGGAGAGAACAUCCGGCAUGGGAAACCGGAAGCGACCCAAAAGGAAGUAGAAGAUGCCGCCAAAGCAGCCAAUGCCCAUGACUUUAUUAUAGCUCUUCACAAGGGCUACGAUACGGAUAUCAGCGAAAAGGGCGUCCAGCUCUCCGGUGGACAACGCCAGCGCAUAGCCAUUGCGCGAGCCCUCAUCCAGCAGCCCAAGAUCCUGUUGCUGGACGAAGCUACUUCUGCAUUGGACUACCACGCGGAAAAGCUGGUCCAGGCCGCCCUAGACAAAGCCUGUAAGGGCAGAACCACUCUGGUGGUCUCCCACCGCUUGUCCGCCAUCCGGCACGCCCAUCGAAUCGUGUACAUUGACAAUGGCAAGGCCGUGGAGCAGGGAACACACGAGGAGCUGAUGAAGCUGGAAGGAUUCUACCACAAAAUGGUCACCGUCCACUCCUACGACGACUCUGCCGAGGAACUCCUCAAUGAGCUGGAGGAAGAGGCCGAGUUAAAGGAACGAAAAAUGUCCUACGAAGUGGAACAGUUCCAGUUGGGAACUCGAAACUCCGUCGUUUCUCUUGAGAAGAAUGCCGAGUUCCAGAUGAAGCACCUGAAUGGUCACAAGCACCAGGUUGAAGAAGAAACCUCGGAGGAAGAGACUCCCUCUGGAAAUUAUGUGCGCACCUUCUUCCGAAUUUUGGGUUGGGCCCGUCCAGAGUGGAGUUUCCUUGUCAUUGGCGCCAUUUGUGCGGGUAUUUAUGGAGUUACCAUGCCGGUGUUCUCCAUUGUGCUUGCAGAACUGUACGGAUCCCUGGCCAAGCCCACGGACGAGGAGGUCCUGGACCAGAGUGCCUCCAUGGCCAUUAUUUCACUGGUGAUUGGAGUGGCCGCAGGAGUGGUGUGCUUCAUCCAGACAUUUUUCUUCAAUCUCGCCGGCGUCUGGCUAACCAUGAGAAUGCGUUCAAAGACCUUUAGCUGCAUCAUGCACCAGGAAAUGGGUUGGUUUGACCGCAAGGACAACAGCAUUGGAGCCCUUUCGGCUCGUCUCUCCGGAGACGCUGCCAGUGUCCAGGGAGCCAUUGGGUUUCCCCUCAGCAACAUCAUCCAGGCCUUCACCAACUUCAUCUGCAGCGUGUCCAUUGCCUUUCCCUACUCCUGGGAGCUGGCCCUGAUCUGCCUGAGCACCUCGCCUUUCAUGAUCGCCUCGAUUGUGUUCGAAGCCCGUUUUGGCGAAAAGUCGGCCAUCAAGGAGAAGACUGUCCUGGAGGAAACCAGUCGCAUAGCCACUGAGACCAUUGCCCAAAUCCGAACAGUCGCCGGUCUCCGCAGAGAGGAGGAACUAAUCAAGAUCUAUGACCAGGAAGUAGAGCGAUAUCGGGUACAAAUCCUGAGCCGCCUAAAAUGGAGGGGUCUUGUAAACUCCUUGGGAAAGUCUUUGAUGUUCUUCGGAUACGCGGUGACUUUAACUUACGGAGGACACAUGUGUGCCGAUGGAGAUAUCAAGUUUGAAACAAUUAUGAAAAUAGCCAACACCAUGCUGUAUGGGCUCUUUAUUUUGGCCCAAUCCCUGGCAUUUACUCCCGCCUUCAAUGCAGCCCUUCUCUCCGCAAACCGCAUGUACGAGAUCAUUGAUCGGAAACCCCAGAUCUUAUCCCCGGAUUCUCUUGAGAUCCAGCAGAAUGGCAACGUAACAGCCUUCAAGACAAAUGUUGUCCAGCAAGGCGUCAGCUAUCGGGGCCUCAACUUUGCAUAUCCCUCGAGGCCACACCUGAAAGUCCUGCAUGACUUCAAUCUGGACAUCCAGCAGGGUCAGACUGUGGCCUUGGUGGGAGCCUCCGGAUCAGGAAAAUCCACCUGCGUUCAGUUAUUGAUGCGGUACUACGAUCCGGACGAGGGAAAGAUUCUCAUUGACCAGGAAAGUAUUCACCAUGAUAUGGAUCUGAAAACACUGCGACGUCGUCUGGGCAUUGUGUCCCAAGAACCUUCCCUCUUCGAAAAAUCCAUAGCUGAUAACAUAGGUUACGGGGACACGACCAGAAAGGUUCCAAUGCAACAAAUCAUUGAGGCGGCCAAAAUGGCCAAUGCCCAUGAGUUCAUCAUGUCGCUGCCCGCCCAAUAUGAGACGGUGUUGGGCUCCAAGGGCACACAGCUCUCAGGAGGCCAGAAACAGAGGAUUGCCAUUGCCCGGGCCAUGGUGAGAAAUCCCAAAAUUCUGCUGCUGGAUGAAGCCACCUCUGCGCUUGAUUUCCAAAGUGAAAAGGUGGUUCAACAGGCCCUGGACUCGGCCUGUUCGGGACGAACUUGCAUCGUUAUAGCCCACCGGCUAUCCACGGUUCAGAAUGCCAAUGUGAUUUGCGUGAUCCAAGCCGGAAGGAUAAUGGAACACGGAACACACGCCCAACUCCUGGCCAAGAAUGGCAUCUACGCGAAGCUGUAUCGGAGCCAAACAAAAGCAUCUUGAAGAUGCUCCCAAAAGUAUCUAAGCACCGAAGUAUGCAGCAAAGAAUUUUUAUCACAUAGUUUAGACACGAACCGCACUGUCGUUGGCCAUAAGAAAUACAUAUUACUUGUUAAAUAAUAAUAUUAAUGAAUAAAAAAUUAUUUCCCUUACAGAUCUUAAAUUU